CUUGUACGUGUGUCAUUCAACCAAAACAAAACCGCCCUCCGUUUGUUUAGCAAAAGAUUGUCGUCGCAGUUUUUUUUCGUGUAAUCCAGGCGAAAAUAAUCUUGUGAAUUAUGUGAACUGCAGAAUCUGACAUUACAUUUUGGUGUCUUUCGGUCAAUUCCAAUCGAUCAUUGUAAGCGUAAAAGCAAAAAGUGUUUGAAAAAAAAGUGAACUUGAACGGCUUCCUUCCAGAUCAGCGUAGCGAUUAUAUUUCGGUGACUACCUAGUCAUUAAAGGAAGCUCGCCGGCGCUAGAAGCAGAAGAAGAAGAACAAUCAAUAGGAAGAAUUUUGCUGUGAAUGAACCAACCAACCAUUUGGUGGCUGUGAGUGAGUGGAGAGUGUUUCAGAAGAUAGGGCCAGGCCAGUUGGUGGGAAAUUUGUGCGGCUGGCUUUAUUGAGGCACUGCCUGUUGCCGUCGUGGAGAUUGACUGGACCGGGUGCAGUCCUACAGUUGGAGCUGUGGAGCAUUUGGACCCAUCCAAUGAAGCGUACAAAUCGGUCGUGCAUAGUGUCUGUACGCUAGUAUCUAUUUAGUCUGAUUCCGACCGCCCACGUGCUAGGACCGUGCCAAGUGCGGCCAACCACACUCACGAUGGGAAAAUCCACGGUGAUUGUUCUCAUCAGCACAGUAUUGCUAGCAGCAUUCCCAGUACGGAGUCAAACCACGAUCGGGGCCAACGUAGUGCUAGAUCCCCAGGACAUAUCCGUACUGGUGCAAGAAACCAAAGACAUACAGGUUCGUUUCCGCGGACAGCUCACGCAGAAUGUGCAGUUCAACUUCUCCAACGAACACUCGGAAUUCGUCACCGUUACGCCAUCAGUGAUCUCAGUCGAUGCUCCCUCGAACGGGUUCAUCGAUAAGGCCGUUCCGGUCAAGCUGCAGGCUCUCUCGCCCGGACAGUUUGACCUGGUGGGGAAAAUCAUUCCAGCCGGGCUGAUCGAUGACGCGAAGGCGUUCAUCAGGGUCACGAUCGCCAACUCCACUGCGAUAAUCUACGUGUCGAUUGUGAUCGGAUGGAUCUACUUUGUGGCGUGGACGAUAUCGUUCUGGCCCCAGAUGAUCAUCAACUUUAGGCGGAAGAGUGUCGUUGGGUUGUCGUUUGACUUUUUGGCGAUGAACCUGCUGGGACAUACGCUGUAUGCGAUCUUCAACUGCUCACUGUACUGGAACGAUCACAUCGAGCAGGAGUACUUCAAUAGGAAUCCCCGGGGGUUAAAUCCGGUCAUCGCAAACGAUGUGGCAUUCUCGCUGCAUGCCUCGUUGGCGACAUUCCUGACCGUGGUGCAAUGUUUCUUGUAUGAGAGAGGUGAACAACGGGUAUCGUAUACAGCCCAGGGUAUUCUAGGAGUAUUUGCGACGAUCAUUGUGGUUUCGGGUAUUCUAGUUGGCACUGAGACUUGGCAUUGGCUGGACUUUUUGUACGCACUCAGCUACAUUAAACUUGCGAUCACCUUGAUCAAGUACGUACCGCAGGCGGUACUGAAUUUCAGGCGGAAGAGUACAGUGGGAUGGAGUAUCGAGAAUAUCCUUCUCGACUUUACCGGCGGUAUGCUGAGCAUGCUGCAGAUGUUGCUCAAUGCUUAUAACUAUGAUGAUUGGGCAUCGAUCUUUGGGGAUCCGACCAAGUUCGGACUGGGUCUGUUCUCCGUACUAUUCGACAUUGUCUUUAUCGUGCAACAUUACGUACUGUACAAACGGCCCAAGAAAACUAUCGAUACAGUAGAAUCUAACCUAGAAACACUACUCAAAUCACCGCAUCACCACACGGCCACCAGUACUGACACGGAUUAACAGCAAAACUAACCCUAAAGAAAACACUUGCGUCACUCACAACACCAUAACACAAACAAAUGGGUCUAACUCAAGCUCAAACAUUCAAUAAAAAAUGUGAUUUCAUGCCAAUUUCCCCGAUUCAAACCAUUUCCAAACAGAGAACGUUCAGAGCCGAAAACUUUGGAGGAGGAAUCCAGCAACAGCGGUGGAGCGACCGACGCCGGAAGCAAAACAAGUUUCCCGUAAAGCGGGGCACGUGAUUAGGCCAUAGUUAGUGUGACUUUGUAUGAAAUGUUUCGAGUGAGUGUAUGAGCGCGUGGGUGCCAACUACUUAAGUUUGUUUGUAAACUGUGCAGCGAUACGUAAUAUGUAAUUCCGUACUGAGAUUUGCUCUCUCUGAUGUGAAUUUCGGUUGAAGUUUUUUUUUUUUAAAUUUUAUCCGAGAGCGUGUUCGGUAAGAGCAAUAUUUAUUUAUGCGUCAGCCCGAGUUCCUGCGUUUCCCGGUCGGAACGGGAAGAUAUCAUCGAGUUGCCUUCCGUCGAGGAGCGGCAAUUUUAAGGCAUUUUUUCGCAUAAGGAAAAAAGUUUUCAUCAAGUUUAUGUGUUUUAUAUACAAAUAAAUUAUAUUGUACUACGUUGAUUAAAA